AUGAUUUUGUCAGGCAACGGAGCAACUUCAAACGAUGGCUUUGUAGUCGUCGAUCCACCAUACGAACAACAAGAAGAAACUCCUCAAGUAAACGAACACCUCUCGAACCAAUCGCCAUCGACUUCGACAUCUCCUACAACUGACCGACGACCACAGGCCACAGGAGGUCAUAGUCCUUCUUCGUCGUCGUCAACAUCCCUCGACGACUUCUGCCAGUCGUUUGAACAUGCCAUGACGAUUGCCCAACAUGCCGAACGCGCGAAGGCCGAGGCCCGAACUGCCAUCGACAGAGCCGAGACAGCCCGAAACCUUGCCGAACAGGCUUGGGGUCAGGCGAUGUCUGCAGCCGAAGCGGCCCAGAGUAUCGCACGAUCAGGUCUCGCAGUGGCCAAACUUUCUCUCGAUGCCUGCAACCUAAGAUCCAGGCCCAACCACCCGACCGCCUCGCUCAAGAAUGCCUUCGAUCUCUUUGCCAGUCAACGAGAGCCUAUCAUGGACUUUGAAAGGUUCCAGCAAGCGUUAAGCUACGACGAUGGCACUGCAUUUGUAACUGGCGGCGAAUUUGAGGCUGAAGAAGCAGCAGAGAGGGAGUAUCCAUGUGAUAUGUACAACUGCACUACUUGUCGCAAUCGCCAAAGGGCUCAGAGCUGGAGAUUCUUCAAAGUUUCUCCUGAAUUCGGCCCCACUCCCAAAGGCACACCACGCAAUCUGUUGUCGGAGUCUUGUCAACCUCUCCCUCCAAAGUUGAACGCGGGACCAGGACCUCCAAAGAGGAGGGACGACAAUGCUCGAAAGCCGACUGGAGUCCCGAAGUGUUUCGAGAAAUACUCGUCACCCCUAGCUCUGUUUUCGGCGACAUCUCCUCGAAUGCCGAAGACGACUCAUCGCACCGGCAACAUCACCGAGCAAGGGAAAGUUUGUGGCGUCAGCAUCCCGGCACCCAAUCAGAUCGGAGAAAAGUUCUUACAGUUAAACCCUGGACCAAUGCCUGCACGCCCAUCAACAUCUGAUGAGCUCGAGUAUCUCACCUUUUGGUCACCCAGUGACAGCCCCAAAUUGGACGAUCCUUUUCAGUCUGACGAUGGAGCAAGCAGCGACGACAGCUCUCACUCUGCGCCCGUCUUCCUGGGAGUACGGACCCGUCGAGCUGAGAGCUGUGAGGAAGGGCUUCUCAGCUCUCCUCUGAAACCCCGGCAGCUCCAGAGGCUAAGCGACAUGGAGCCUGGCCGAGAUACGGAGGAGAUCGCAAGGGCCCGGUUUCAUCUGGCUACUGCAGCCAGGAGCCAGAGCUGCUCCAGUGAACCGGGAGCCGACCAGACCAAACGACCCUGCUCUCCGCUGGUGCUCCCUGAUGUUGACAGUGGCACCAAUGUACAGAUUUUGCCGAACAACGUACAAGCAUUCCAGCCGCCCCCACUUAAAUCAACCACGCCCCCUACCAGUCGUCAUGGACACGUGACGUCAUCAACCAAUUCCUACCUUUCCGACUAAGAGGAAAUCAUAUUGUACUUGGAAUAAGAGCCACCUCAGUACUUUAGUAGAAUAAUUACGAUACCAAAGAAUAAUUAAGUUAAUUAAUUUCGGUAAAAGAGAAAAAAAACGAAAAAACAUUUAGGUGAAAACUGCAAACAUAUUUGUAAAUAUGUAAGAAUUUGAGUAAUAUUUUGUACUAUUUUUAUGACGCAUGGAAGUGACACAAGAGUCUAUUCUAAACCCUUUCAGAAGCCUUUCGAUAUUUGUCCUAUGUUUUGAGAGGCAAGGAAUUUUUAGAAAAGUGUAGAUAAUAAUAUUGCGCAUAUAUGAAUCAAAUUCAUGUCAU